UAUAAUUCACAAUUUAUUUAAACAAUUUUUCUCGGCAUUAUAUCAAACUAUUUAUAAUUAGUAAUUUAAAUGUGCCGAUUGUUAAUAUGUUGUUAACACUAAACAAACGUCUGAUUCGAUCGUAGUUUAUUCGCCUCGCCUCAUCCGUCGUACUUUGAUUGUAAGUCCGAUUAUGAGUCUCGCGCUCGAUAGGCAAGAACGAAGUUCAAGGGAAACCAGUAAAGAGUAUAUGGCAAUUACCGAAUACGCAAAACAAUUCGAAUCUCAUGGUUUCUCUCUUUAAAACGAAAAUAUUCUCUCUGUAAAAUAGAUAACACAGAAUCGAUAUAAUAUUUCAGAGCUUGUUUACACAGAAUAUAAGAACAUGAUAAAUAAUUAAUAUGUUCGCAACGCAUAAUUUAUAACAGAUAUUUACAUAUUUUCACAUUACGUUUUUUUGUAGUUAUAGCAAUCUCGAAUCUUUUUUCGAUAAAAAAUCGAGAAAGCAACGAAUAAUUACAUUACAAAUGACGAUCAUUUCUCUUGGAUACCGGUAAAAUUCGGCGUGUUGAAUUAGAUUUUUGAAUAAGGAAAGUAUCAGAAAUUUAACAUAAUUUAAAAUUAUUAAUAAUAUUUGUUUUUUCCUGCAUCGUUGAUACCUAAUGGAUUACAUAAUAAUGUAAUGACACGUAUUAUUGGAAAGAAAAUAUAAUCAAAUAUAUAUUCCUGCCACAUUCGGAGUAACUCGGGUAAAUUUCUUCAUAUAGAUAAAAAUUUUAGACAUCAUUAAAUCUUUGUAUGAAAUCUUUUUGCUAAUCUAAAAUCUUUUAUAUAAUAACAUUAUGUAAUAACAAAAAUUGAUGAUCAAGAUGUCAAUUACAUGCGUAGAGUUUUUUAUCGUAUGCAGAAUAUUUGCUAUAAAAUCGUUGAUAGACAUGCCUGCUAAGCGACCUCCAAAGAUCGAGGCACUCGUCGUAAACGCUAUACGUAGACUGCAAGAUGUGCAAGGCUCGACGUCGCGGGAAAUUAGUAACUAUAUUUCCCAGGAGUACGACAUUCCCGGCAAAGAUAUUAGGCGGCAGGUCCAACUCGCUUUACAACGUGGCUUAUCCUAUGGAAUCCUUCAACGGUCGAAGGGAGGAUACUAUGCAUGCACCUGCGACUAUCUCCAGCAUCUACCGUUGGGGGAUGGAACAGGCGACGGAGUGUUGGAACCUUGUCCAAGUCAACCUUGGAGAUUCGGCGUUCAACGUAAGAGAAGAGAGAAAAGAGCGAGAAGGAGAAGAGCGAGAUUAGCGAGAGAGAAAAGAAAGAAAGAGAGAAUGUUAAGAGAGAGAAGGAAGAGACCGGGGAGAACAAGAAGAAGCAGAAGCAGACGUGCUCGAGGAAGACGGAGAUCACGCGCCAGGAGGGGCAGACGACGUGGAAGACGUCAAGUGAGAAGACGAAGCAGAAGACGAAGGAGAAGAGGAAGAAGAAGCGAAGAAAGAACUAGAGCUAGAUCGCGGGCUGAUUCCGGCGAGAUGGAGAUGGAAGCGGUGGCUGCGGGGUCCAAAGGAAACGCCACUUCCAAAGAUGGGGAUCUUCGCGAAAGCGAAACUUCCAUGGCUGAACGUUCGAAUGAACGAGAUAUGCAAGGUUCCUCUCAAAAUUCUCAACGCUCAAACACGCCCGAUGAUGUCUAACGCAACAAUAAUGACGUUCUUAUUGUUGCGCUCAGAAUAACUCUAGGUAUCAAUCGAAUUUUGUACGUGAAAUUGUAUGAGGUUUUAUACUGUAUUUUCACACAAAUUUCUGGAUUUUGUAUUUAUAUAAUUAUACCUAUUUUUGACAUGCCA